AAAAAUAAAGCACCUCGUCCACCAACAUCAUCUUCAAUUAAUCAACAAACAUCAGUUGAACAAGUUAAUUAUGAAAAUAUUUCAUCUGAUUUUAAUUUAAAUAAGAUAAACAAAUAA